AUGAGUUUUUAUACAAGAUGUGUUUAUGCAGCAUCUACAAGAGCUAAUGACUCAGAAAUUCCAACUCCAACCGAUAAGGAAUUAGCAUGGAUGCAUACUGAAAGUCCUGAAGUUUGUUGGAUUGUAAAGAAUCCCGAUUUGAGCUUAUCAACUCCCAAUUUAGUUGAUAUAGAUAAUAAUCAAUCAUUUAAUUGUUUGAAACUAAAUUAUACAGAAAAAAAAACCGAUUAUCCAAAAUUAUUUCGAGCUCGUCAUGUACUUUCAGUUAUUCAUAAUAAUAAUGGUUUUAUAGAACUUCAGCGUAAAAUUCGUGUUGCAG